AUGCGCAGCGAUCUUAAAGGGGGCCACACAGCGCAAAAAACCAAGCCGCUCAUGGCGAAUGUAUACCAGAAGUUUGCCCAUCCUGAAGUCAGCCUGAUUGACAGGCUUAGCUUCAAUCAGGCUGCGAGGACUUCAGGGAAAGCCACAGGAGCAGGGUCUUUGACACUACAGUAUCAUGCCCUAAGACCACAUCUGAAGCCAGACAUUGUGAACAAACGCAGAAUGAAGUUCAUACGUCACCAGUCAGAUUGCUAUGUGAAGAUUGCACAGAACUGGCGUAAACCCAGAAGGAUUGACAACCGAAUGCGCAGGAGGUUUAAGGGUCAGAUUCUGAUGCCUAACAUCGGUUAUGGCACCAAUAAGAAAACCAAAUACAUGCUGCCAUCAGAAUUCAACAGGUUCCUGGUCCAUGAUGUCAAGAAGCUGGAAGCCCUAAUGAUGAGCAACAAGACUUACUGUGCCAGGAUCGCUCACAAUGUCUCCUCCAAAAACCGCAAGACAAUUGCGGAGAGGGCAGCACAGCUUGCAACCAAGAUCACUAAUCCUAACACCAGAUUAUGCAGUGAAGAGAAUGAAUUAAGUGUCCUGGCAUAG